GCGAGAUCAAUAUUUCGACCAUCAAAAGUCGGUUUCCUCACACAUCUUCCUCCUAAAACUCGGAGACUAAACUUACUGAAAUCAUGCUGGCAACUGCAACCAGGACUUUGCUGUCAAAACAAACCCUGACUGCUCUGGCACGUCAGCCUGCCUGCUUUGUUCACCACGGUGACUAUGGCAACUGGGGAAAUACCAAUGUGGCAGUGGUUUUCUCAGGAUGUGGCUGGUGGGAUGGGACUGAUGUUCAUGAAGGAGUGUACACUAUGUACCACCUGAGCCGUAAUGGCGCUCGCUUCCAGAUGUUUGCACCCAAUCAGCAGCAGAUGCAGGUGAUGGACCAUAUGAGAAAGCAACAAGCAUCUGGAGAGAACCGGAACAUGAUGAUGGAGUCAGCUCGCUUCAGUCAUGGUCAGGGAAUGAUGCAAAUGCAGGACUUGUCCAAGCUGGAUGCCAACAGCUUUGAUGCUGUCAUCUUUCCUGGAGGACAUGGAAUCACUAAGAAUCUAUCCACUUUCAUGAAGGAUGGAAAGGACUGUAAGCUGAAUAAUGAUGUGGAAAGGGUGCUUAAAGAUUUCCACCGUUCACGCAAGCCUAUUGGCCUGGCCAGUAUGGCUCCUGUACUGGCCUGCCGUGCCCUGCCCAACAUCGAGGUGACCAUGGGCUACGAACGGGACGACAACACCCGCUGGGGGAACUGGCCCAACACAAACAUGGUGCAGGCUGUAAAGAGCAUGGGUGCACGCCACAAUGUCCGUGAGCCAUAUGAGGCCUAUGUGGAUGAGAAGAACAAGGUGGUCAGCACUCCUUCCUUCAUGUGGGAGACAGACUAUCACUACCACUACAUUUUCGACGGCAUCGGCAACAUGGUCAAGCAUGUCAUGCGUAUGUCAACCAAGUGAGCUGAGCUGAUGAGUCGGAGACAGAAGUAGAGGAAGUUGCUGUUGGCAUAAAACAUGUGUACUGUGAUGAAUUCUGAAACAAUAUAAAUGGAUUAGUUUAAGAGCAAAAUGGCUUGAUUGUUGUGAUGUGAUGUGAACAUGUGAUUUUACGUAUACAAAAAGACAGUUGGUUAAUAUGGGAAAGUACAAGUUUAGGCAACAUCUGCCAACAUGUGACAGAGUUAGGGUGAGUUGUGUUACUACAUAUUAUGUUAAACUGAAGACACGCAGGAAGGAAUUGUCUUAUCAGUCAAAAACACGAUCACUCAGGAUCUGCACUUGGUUAGUUUUCUGGUUUACAGUUUACUCCAUCAAUGUCAUGACUUUGUUUCCAUGAGAAUAA